GGAGAAAUAGGGCGGUGGAUUUGGCUGUCGGGGUUGGGUUCAACAGGGAUCGGGAGAUCGGGCGGAAAAAGAGAGAGUUCCGAAAAAAAAGUUAGGGAAACUUUGAGCUCCACGACGAACACUCGAUUUGAAACUAAUUAACGUACGAUUUAAUUUAGCAGAUUUUUGGGAUGUUACAAUUUUGCAGUAGUUCCACAGAGUCCAUUUUUGUUUGAUGGGUCAUUGAGGGAAAACCUGGAUCCGUUCAAUACAACAGCAGAUCUCAGGGUAUGGGAAGUUCUUGAAAAAUGCCAUAUGAAGGGAGAGAUAGAAUCAAUGGGUGGACUUGACAUCCAUGUGAAAGAAAGUGGCGUAUCUUUUUCAGUAGGCCAGAGACAGCUCCUGUGCCUUGCUCGUGCUAUCCUAAAAUCAUCCAAGGUGCUUUGCCUCGAUGAAUGCACAGCCAAUGUUGACAACCAAACAGCCUUGCUGUUGCAAAAUACUAUCUCUGCUGAAUGCAAAGGGAUGACGGUUCUCACCAUAGCACAUCGAAUUUCAACAGUGAUGAAGAUGGACAAUAUUCUAGUUCUUGAUCAAGGCAAACUGGUCGAAGAAGGAAACCCAGAAGUUCUUAUGAAUCACAAAUCCUCAAGAUUUGCUCGAUUUGCCAAGGCAUCUCAGACGUGAUUCUAGGAACAUGCUACGCUACUAUCUUAUAUGCUAGGUCUUUCACGUGUUAGCACUUAGUUUGAUGACAAGGCGUGCCAGCUCCAUUGAGCAUGUAAGAACAGCUCAAAACUUUCACCACUAACUAAAGGGUAAUAGAAGCUCUGCUAUUCUAGAUAUCCAAA